AUGUCCAGUAUCACUGGACAACGUAGAAACUCCAUCAUGAAGGAGUUGGAGAAGAUUGAACACACUCACCUUGGUACAGAGUAUCCUACACGUCCAGAGGACUACACCUUGCUUGAGGCUAUUGGAGAAGGAACAGAGGGCAUUGUAUGGAAGGCUAUUUGUAAUACACUCAAAGUCAAUGUUGCCAUCAAGAUUGUCGAUCUUGAGAAGCAACCACCAGAGGCUAUCGAGGAUGUCUUGAGAGAAGUAAAGGUUAUGAAUGAGAAUAACCAUCCAAACUUGGUACAAUAUCACACUUCAUUCUUACAUGAUUCGGCAUUGUGGCUUGUAAUGGACUAUCUUGGAGCUGGAUCAUUGGCAGACAUUAUCAAGGAGAAGUUCCCAAAGGGAAUGCCAGAGGUUAUGGCUAUCACAGUUCUCAAGUAUUCAUUGAGGGGUCUGGCUGCACUCCACAGUCACAACAGAAUUCACAGGGACUUCAAGUCUGACAACAUCCUCAUUGGCUCAGACGGUCAAAUCGAGGUUGCAGACUUUGGAGUCACCGCUAUCGUUGGAAAGGCCAGUGAUAACUUUAGAAAGACAGUUGUUGGUACACCAUGUUGGAUGGCUCCUGAAAUCAUUACAGAGAAAGGAUACAAUCAAUCAAUUGACAUUUGGUCAUUUGGUAUUACCGCCAUUGAAACAAUCAGAGGAAAGCCACCCAACUCUGAUUUGGCACCAAACAAGGUGUUUAUGAAUCUUCUUUUCAACUCACCUCCAUCGUUGCAAGAGGAAGUCGAUGCAGGAAUCAUCUCGGCCAACUUCAAGAACAUGGUGGACAAGUGUCUGCACAAGGACCCUACAAAGAGACCAAGUGCAGCCAAACUGUUGGAGCACAAGGUGUUUAAGUAUGCCAAGAAGAAUGAUUACAUUGUGAGCUACCUGCUCAAUGACCUUUCGCCAUGCGAAGACCGAUUCAGGAAGCAUCAUGGCCCCAUAUCACCACCUUUAUCAGGAUCAAACACACCAGUGACCAGUAACCACAAUUCCAGAGCAGGAUCACCAGAACACAACACACCAACAUUUGUCCACCCAGAGGUCAGGGAGUUGGCCAGGACACAUGGAGACUACACUUCACCAAACUCUCAGAGCCCACCAGCGAUUGUGGUGGCCAGGUCGAACUCUUCACACGACCUGAUGGGUCCCAGUAGUAAUAUGCCACGUCCAUCCUCACAUCCUGAGCUGCACCGAAUGGACUACCACCCUCAAUCUCCACAUGAGGUCGAGAAGUUAAGAAACAACAUGCAACAAGUGUCCAUGGAGUCACCACCUGAUUCAUCAUCUCCACACCUCAAGGAACACCGCAAGGGCUCAAUCUUUAGCCACUUCCGUAGACACUCAAUAACCAAGAUAUUCACAACCAAUUCUUCCAACAACAAGUCCGACUCUGAUGGUGAGAAGAAGUCAUCCCCAGGUCAUCACUUCCAUUUGUUCUCUCGACACCAUCAUGAUCAACAGCAUGUUGCCAAUUGA